CGCUGCGUCACUUCCGGGGGGCGCGAGACGGAGGGAAGAUGGCGGCGCUGGGUGAGCCCGUGCGGCUGGAGCGAGAUAUCUCCAGAGCAAUUGAGUUGCUGGAAAAAUUACAAAGAUGUGGCGAAGUACCACCACAGAAACUACAGGCUUUGCAAAGGGUCCUUCAAAGUGAAUUUUGUAAUGCUGUGAGGGAGGUUUAUGAGCAUGUAUAUGAAACUGUGGACAUCUGCAGUAGCCCAGAAGUGAGAGCUAAUGCUACAGCAAAGGCCACUGUAGCUGCAUUUGCUGCCAGUGAAGGUCAUUCACAUCCCAGAGUUGUUGAAUUGCCAAAGACAGAAGAAGGUCUCGGAUUCAAUAUUAUGGGAGGCAAAGAACAAAACUCUCCCAUCUACAUCUCUCGGAUUAUCCCAGGCGGUAUAGCUGAUAGGCAUGGGGGACUGAAACGUGGAGACCAGCUUCUUUCUGUAAACGGGGUGAGUGUUGAAGGUGAACACCAUGAAAAAGCAGUGGAACUACUGAAAGCAGCUCAAGGAAAGGUUAAGUUGGUUGUGCGAUAUACACCAAAGGUCCUGGAAGAGAUGGAGUCCCGAUUCGAGAAAAUGAGAUCAGCAAAACGCAGACAACAGAACUAAUACAGACCUUAGAACUCAUGGAGAAAAUUGCAUUCUGUUUUACAUGCAGUAGUUUUGAUUUCGUGUUCUAAUGGAUGCACUGCCUAGGACUAUGACAGAUAUUGUCCAAUAAAAUAAUCUCUUUGCAGUUUUAUAAAUAUUUUCACUAUUAACACUGCUCACAGUUUCAAAACACCCUAGUGCUUCCUGGCAAAGAGUUUACAUGUGCUUUUCUAUCCAGUUUAUUUUACAGAUGUUUUUUCAGACCAAGAUAAUUAACCAUUUACAGCCAAUUUAUACACUUUUUAAAGCAUUUUAAUGAGAUGUAUUUAUACAGUUGUACCAUCAUUUUUUCUAACAGUUUUUCAUUUGUCAGUAUGUAAUAUUAAACAUGUUCUACUACUUUUGCCUACUGAUGAAGGUUUUUGCCUAUGAGUAUUUUGGCACUUUCUUAAAACAUAUUGUACAUCAACUACGUGAAGCUAAUCAUGAUCUAUUGUGUAGUUGGUACUAAGUACUAGAUUUUACAAAUUUUUUUGAGUGUUUUUACAUGUGCUAAGUCAUAAUCUAGUUUGAUAAAUGUUGACUUGGAAACUUACCUCAUCUGUAAAUAUUUUAUGAGGAAUAUUUUCACCUACAAUAUCUUUUUAAUAAUUGACAUCUAAAAAACUGCAACAAUCACUCCUAUAAUUUAUAUUUUUUUGUACUAAUUUUAGACUGAAUUGGGAGAAAAUAGUUGUUUGAAUACAGUUCCUUUGGAUCACUUUCCUGUCUAUAUAUUUGUAUUUAGAAAACCAGAAAAUAUCUUUAAUGCAAUGCAAAAAGAAUUUCAGAUAUAUCCCUACUUUUUAACUCUUGUUUUAAAUGAUAUUCAACUUGACUGUGCAUAUCUUCUUAAUUGAAUUUGUCUAGUUGUACUUCUACCACUUGGAGAUGAGAUACACAGGGAUCGCAUGUAGUUCAUACCUGAAUUAAUGCAGAUUGUCACUUUUAUAACAGUGUAAAGUGGUGGAAAGCCAUGCUGUUACAGUAAUAUGUAAAGGGUAAUAACAUCCAACCUUUUAUAUAAGGAUUCCAUAAGAAGAAAAAUAUUGAAAUGUUGCAUUAACAAAAUCAAUAGCUGCAUCUUUUGGACAUAUCGUAUUCUUCAUCCAUUUACUUUAGAAAGGUUAAAGUGGUGCUACUUAUUGAGCAGGUAUGGAGGUGAGAGAUGGGAGUGCUAAAAUCAGCACAUCAGAUUCUCCCAGAUCUGAAGUGGGUAAUGACUCAGAAGUGGUUGUAUACAGAUUGGUGUUUUAAAUCACACAUGUCCACACAUGUGAACAAAAUACAUUUUUGAACAGCAGUAAACUACUUGGAAUCUACAAAGUUGAGGGUUUUGUUAGUGUGGCUUUUUUAUGACUGCCUUUCAGCGUACAUUUAGAACCUGUUUGUCCAUUGAGAGUCUGUUAAAUUGAAAGGCAGACAUAAGUAUAUCCUAAUGGCUGGAAACAAGUUAAUUCUAAUCAGCUAAAAUUAACAAAUGAAGUUUGGGAUACCUGGUUAAUCUUGUUUCUGUUCAUGUGGAGCAGCAUAAGGUCAGUUUUAACAUUUUAAUUCCAACAUGUGAAAGACAAUAAAAGGUUAAAGAUCUAAAAAUGACAGCAUGACCUUAUGCUUGUUUAGCUGACCCACAUAAGGGGAAAAAAUUGUAGGGUGGCUAUUGGCAAGUUAAGAAAUGUGAAUGCUUUCUGCAUGUUUAUAAGCAUUGCGAGUCUGUGAAGAGAAAUCCAGAGAUAUUGAUAGAAGAGUCUGAAACACAGUGUGAAUAUUUAUCAGUUAGAUGACACCGAGCACUGAAUUGCAUGGUUGAUUAUCUGUCAUUGGCCUGUUUUAGGAGGCUUCUUGUUAAUGAUAGGACCAUGAUGUUUACCUGUAUAUUUUUAUGGACAAUUAAUGUUUAAAGUAUUGAGACCAAAAUCACUAGUUAGACCAAUCAUGGAGAUGUUUUAAUUUAAUUGUAAAAUAGUAGAAAUUUGUUUUUAGAGAGAUCCAUAUGUGUGUGUAUAAUAUAAAUAUAUAUAUAGAUAUAUAUAAAGAAAGAAAUGGGAACAAGUUAAGACAAUAAUAUGUAUUAAACCUGUAUACCUUGUGUUGCUGUCUAAAGCAAUUGUGUUUUGUUACCCUAAAGAAAUAUUUACUUUAGUGUAAAUAGAGCUGCUAUGAGUGCAGUAGCAUUUCCAUUUUAAAUUAUGACUUUUUGGUUCAGUGUGUAAGCAGUUCCAAAGCUACUUGGAUUGAAACUUUUUCAAAUCAGCUUCUAAAUGUGUAUAUCAGGGGAGGAUUAAAUAAUAUUUAAUUUUUAUUGUUGUAAAAUGGCAGCAUUUACAUUAACGAUCUGUUCUCUUGAGUGGUAUAAAAACUCUUUGUAACUUUUAAAUGUAGGAUAUGUUUAAAAUUUGCCAAGAAAUGUCCAUUCUUAAUUACUACUGAGCAGGUGCAGUAGCUGCACUGUUAGUCCUUACACAGGCAAUAAUUUGAUACACCAGCGUGAAUUGAUGACAGAUCAUUUUGGUUGAAGGCCCCCUGCACUUGCUGUUAAAGGGUCCUUGAUUUUUAUGAACACAAAAAAUAAAAGUGAAAUUUCA